CUCCGACGGCCGUGCAAACACUGAAGAGGAAAUAUCCCGAUGAACAGAAGAGCAGUGCUGAAGAGGCGGUGCUGUGGUUUGAAUCUACAGCUGAUUUAUAUACUAUUUUUCGCUUCUUUUGUGCAUUUCGGCGGAAAUCCUUGUCACUAUCCCCUUGUCUGCGUGAAAACCGCGCCUAAUGAUAUUAGCAUACACCACUGUGUCGAUAUCUAAAGUAAAGGAAAUCCAUCAGAAUGCAACAAUGACGUUUCACGACGGCCUCGCUGACAAUCAGUUUUUUAGUGUGUGUUUCCUGCUGGUUUCUUCCAAAUUUAAACGGAACGUUACCUUGAUGAAUACGGGGUGCUCACACUACCCACGAGCGUGCAGAAUUUUGGACCGCGAUUAUUUACGAUAUUUGGGCACCACUGGUUCUCAACAUGUUCCAUCAUGGGAAUAAAUGCCGCUUUUUAAUGAUCGCAUUAUGCUUGUGCUUUUUUUUCGGACUGACCGCCGUCGGCUGUGCUCCAAUUACUACGACAAUAAAAACAACAACAGCAACAACGGCUAAGCCUGCUAAUUACUCCUAUCUGUCGUUACAAGCCUGUUUGUUGAUCGAGCGGGGAGCGGAUUUACUAUACAACUAUGAUACAUCCGCCGGCGCAAUUGAUUUGGCUGUCGCGUUUUCCAAUCAGAUGAUUCUAAACACUGUAAAUGCACGACUUUCGACGUUGUACUACGAUAUCGGUUCAGCUUGCAUUGGAAGAAACCAUUUAGUCGCCAUCGCCAUGUAUUUGCGAUAUCAGAGACAAAUACGCUGCGAUGCAUUUAUUGGACUGGGAUGUGCGUAUAAUACGGAAGCAGUGUAUGACGUAGCGGACUUCUUUCAUAUUCCUGUCUUUGGCACUCCAGCCGCAGGAGUGGGAGUUAAUGCUGAUCUUUCGGAUUACGAUUACUUAACACGGCCAUCAAUAACCCAUACGGGCGUGGCGAGUGCGUUUAUGAAAUUUUUUCGAAUGCAGAACUACACCACACCGGCUAUUAUUCAUGACCAGGAUAAUUCUUUUUAUCAACAAAUGGGACUAGUUAUGACUAAAAGUUUUCAGGCACAAGGGUCCACAUUAAGAGAUAAUAAUAUGUUUUUAUUGCUGCAUUCGAAUACGGAUGGCUACAAAGAGAUUAGCACUUUGUUACAAACAGGCGCCACGCGAUCUCGAGUAUUUAUUAUUCUUGCGGAUUCAAAUACAACACGACAAAUAAUGCUGUACGCGUACGAUCUUGGAAUGACCGCUGGCGAUUUUGUCUUUCUGGCUGUGGAGUUAUUCCGAAGCGAAUACUGGGGGCUAUUCUCAUACAAGGCAGAUCCUCCCGAUGGUCGAGAUGAUGAUGCCUUCGUAGCAUACAAAACUCUGAUGUUGCUAGCUCUGCAGCAAACAGUGAGCGCCGAUUAUGACACUUUCCAGCGGCAAGCAAUGAAGGCAUCCGCAACGCGCACUACUUAUCGGCAUGUCUUCAAUAGCUCCAAAGAGAUGGAUCUCAUAGUCAGCCAUUUUUACGACGCCGUUGUGUACUUCGCCACUCUGGUUAAAACUCUGCGCAUGAGCGGAAUUCAAAAUUUUUCGGAGCACUUUCCCGAUCUGUUUUCCACAAGUUUCACUUUCGUCAGUCCCGUAAACGGACCGGCAUCGUUCGCUGACACCGGUGAUCGGAUAUUUUCCUACACCCUGAAAAGUUUCAACACCGAAUCGGGCACUUUCGAUAUCGCGUUUGGUAUUCCAGUGGAAUCCAGCACCGCCAUUCUUUUGAGCGUUUUAGAUUGGCCGGGAUGGGGAACUCGGCUCCCACCCAAUACGCCGCGUUGUGGUUUCGAUGGAAAAGCGGCAGUGUGUGCACCCGUACCCAUGAGCACAGGAGCACUGGCAGCUGCCAUUCUGAUACCGUUGAUGUUGAUUACUGCGGGGUCCGUUAUCGGAGUGAUCCUUGCCGGAAAAUUUUUAAACAAAAACUCGGAUCCAUUUUGGUGGAGAAUCUACUCGCAUGAGCUGAGCCAAAUCACAUCGGCACUGUAUGGAUCACGAGCCCAGUCCACCGCCUUAUCAGCGACGAAAAGCCGGUUAAAAAGCACAAAAUCUCUUGCCGACGCGGAAAAAGAAGGCGGAGAUACAGCAUCAAUAGCCAAAAAAGAAAUAUCAUUCAUGGCACCGAUGGAUAAUCUUUCUAGUGCCUAUACAUUAUUUACGAAAACCGGCUUCUACAAAGAUAUUCCCGUAGCUUUGCGACCGUUUCCGGAACCACAGAUGAGAGUAAAUCAAUCUCUGGGUUCAGAACUAUCGCCCUUAAAAAAUCUACAGCACAACAAUGUUCAAAUAUUUUAUGGGAUUGCUGUGAAUGAUGAGAACCUGUGCGAAUACGUUGUGGGGGACGUAUGCCAAAAGGGCAGCGUUAUGGCAUUAAUUGACAAGCGCAAGCUCAAUCUGGACUGGGAAUUUAAGAGCGCUCUGUUGAAAGACACAGUGGCGGGUAUGACGUAUUUGCACGGAUCGGCAGUGGUAUCACACGGUGACCUUUCUGCUCAUACUUGCCUUGUGGAUAGCAGAUUUGUGGUUAAAAUCACCGAUCAUGGGUUAGCGUAUUUCCGGGAUAACGCGUUGACGAGUAUGCCGCCCGAUGAGAGUAGUGAAAUUGAUUUUACACAACUCUUGUGGCGUGCACCGGAACUACUUCGACGGCCAUCAAAAGAAGGCACACAGAAAGGUGAUGUUUACAGUUUUGCUAUAAUUAUUCAACAACUAAUACUGCGGAGCGCUCCUUAUCAAAGUGCGGCAGAUGCCGUUAACUUCCGACGGGAUGAAUAUGACAUAAAAGCCAAAGAGCUUGUUUUAGAGGUCAAGCGAGGGGCAUCACCGCCGCAGCGUCCAUUAGUACCUAUUUCAGCUGCUCCAGGGGCAUUGCAUUCCUUAAUGGAACAGUGUUGGGACGAACGUCCUGAACUACGACCGGUUUUCCCUAAAGUACGAGAGGUCAUUACGAAAACAAUGGGUCGCGCGGGCGAGAAUAUUGUUGACCAUUUAAUCAGGCGAAUGGAGCAGUAUGCCGCGGAGCUAGAGCAAGAAAUGCAAGAAAAAAUGAAUCAGUUUAUGGAAGAAAAAGCGCGAUCCGAGGCCAUGCUGAAUGGAAUUCUACCAAAGACCGUUAGCGAAGCCUUGAGGAAAGGUCAAAUGGUUUACCCGGAAGUGUUCACGAGUACUACAGUACAAUUCAGCGAUAUAAACGGAUUUCCGGAAGUGCUUGCAGCUGCGCCUACUCCUUUUGUGACUAUUGAAAUUAUGAAUACAUUGUAUGCAGUCUGCGAUAAAGUCAUAGAAAACUUCAGCGUGUAUAAAGUGGAAACAGUUGGUGACGCCUAUUUGUUAGUGAGCGGUCUUCCCAUUCGGAACGGUAUUAAACAUGCCGGCGAGAUGUCCACUUUGGCUCUGCAGAUGAGAAAAGAAGUCGGUGCACUGAAUUUUCCCAGUAGCCCAGACAAAAAGAUGAAGCUGAGAGUUGGCAUAAAUUCGGGACCGUGUGUGGCCAGUGUCAUCGGCCUGAAAAUGCCACGUUAUUGUUUAUUUGGGGAUACGGUAAAUACCGCCAGUCGAAUGGAAUCGCACGGAGAAGCUGGAAAAAUCCAGUGUAGCCCUACAACCAAAGAAUUACUAGACAAACUAGGAGACUAUGUGGUUGUAUCUCGUGGGGAAAUGGAAGUGAAGGGGAAAGGACUAAUGGAAACCUUUUGGCUAGUAGCGAAAACAUCGUUAAGCUAAUUGAUAUCGUGUGAAGACUUGUGUCACUGUGAAUGUCUGCACAAUGCGGUGUGCAUGAGGCAGUAAUUUUAUUCCGCGUGAUUUCGAUUUGCAAUGUUUAGCCCGCAUUUGAUGUUUAAGCGGAUUGCCGUAUCGGAUUUAAAUGUACUACUAAUAUUCGUCCACAAUGAUUCAUGUGCCUUUUCUUCUUUGAAAUGCAAUUAUACAUUAACAUGUAAAAAGCCGACGCCUUAUAAAAGGCACAGAAUUAUUAUGAUUACGACAUUG